UCCACGGAGGGAGAAGGAUGACAAUAAUAAUGUCCCCGGUUGGUUCUCGCGGCGCCCACUUCUCCGUAUCAUGAUAAACGCUGGGCCCGUUGACCGUGUGAUGCCCUCCGCGGCUCGGAGCGGGUGUUGGAUAGCAUGGUGCCAAGCUAUCCUUUUCGGUGUGUCGGGGCUGGUGAUACUGGCCGAAAGAACCUCGCUGAUCUACUGCAUAGGAUUCUACCUAUGGAAUGAGGAAACACAGUGGGCGGGGUUGACCCUCGCCCUCCUGUUGCCAGGGAUACUGGUUCAGGUGUUGAGUCUCAGGUGGUACCAUGACGAUGGGGAAGACAACUAUUGGUUCCUGACCCUCACACACGUGUUGCAACUGGGCAUCUUCCAAAGGUUGUGGGACUGCAUGGUGUCUGUAUGGGACAUGCAGGGCACUGCGGGGGAGCUGGGGGCGGCUGUGAUGCAGCAGGCUGAUGUGUCCGCCCUCCGCCUGUUAGAGGCCCUGGUCCUCACCCUACCGCAGACCCUGCUGCAGACCUACGUCCUGGCCGUCACUGACGUGGAACUCGACUCCCCGGUGGCGGCAUGCGCCGGCCUGUGCCUGCUGUCGCUGUCCUGGGCGCUGGUGCUGUUCAGCCGGGCGUGCUGCCUUAUACGCCCGGGGCACCUGGCCAUGCCCCCGGCCGCCCUGCUGUGCCAGCUGCUGUGGAGGGCGGGCAUGCUGGGUGCCCGGGUGGCAAGCCUCAUGUCUUUCGCCCGCUACUUCCACUGGUGGACCUGCGGAGUGGCAGGCUUCCACUGGCUCACAGCGUCUUUCUGGCUGGUCGCCCAGCAACCCGAUAUCUGCACUGGCCCGUGGCGCUGGCGGCUGUUCAACGCCGUGCUGGGAUUAGUCCACAUCUUCCUCUUCCUCAAUGUCAAAGAAGGCCCCUCGCGCUUCCGCAUGGCCGGCUUCUACCUGGCCAUGCUACUGGAGAAUGCCACACUACUAGUGGCAGCGUCAGACUUCCUCAGUGAGAAAUCAUGGGAUAGCAUAACCCUCCCUACCGUCGUGCUGUGCAGCUUCCUGCUUGGCACCACCUCUCUGGUCCUGUACUACCGCUUCCUCCACCCCAAGUCCACCGAGAUCGCCCAGGGCAAGGGCCAGCGCCUGGGCCACCACAACCACCAUAUGGGCUCCACCUGUCUAGAGGGCCUGGAGCGGGGCGAGUCUUCCUACUCCCUGGGGGGUGGGGGUGGUGUCAAGAGCCUCCCCCAGGCUGCCCCCUCCUCCCUGCAUAAUCACGGCAGCUUCUCCCUCUCAGGCGUGGCUGGCUCCCUCCUGGAGCAUCCUGGGAGUUGCGGUCCCAGGCUGGGUAACUCGUGCCCCUGCCGCCAUCACCACUGGCUCCUGAUUCGCUUGGCACUAAAAACCGGUGACUUGGGGAAGAUUAACUGCGCCUAUGGUUCCGGCGGUGUGGCGGCCAUCUUGGAAGUGGACGAGUCCUAUUGUAACUCUGAGGCCAAGAGUACGGGCGGCGGCGGGACGACCACGGCAGGCGGCGGCAGCUGCGACGGGGUCUCCGGGGUUUCCGGGGCCUCAGUGUCUGAAUCGCAGGGAAUGAAGGGGGGCUUGGCGCCCCUCUCGGACUGCAAGGAGGAGUUCCAGAGCGCUAGUGACGAGCCCACGUCAGCCGAGACGCCCGGCGAGGGCGAGGAGGAGAGUAAGGACAGCCUGGAGGACAUGGAGAGCCCGCUGGAGUCACCGGUUUCUGACUCCUACAAGCGUAGCUCGCCUGAGGGCAAAUCGUUGUUUGGGAAAAGCCCCGAGCCCUACUUCUGCCCUAACACCACCCUGUCCAGCACCACACUGUACUUCAGCGCCGACCCCCAGUCCCCCAGCAUCACCAGCAACCCCCACCUGGACCGGGUCAGCCCCCCCAUGGGCAUGGCAGGCCUUAGCUUCAUCCCCAGCAACCCCGCCCAUAGGGACAUGACGGGCCUGCAGAUGGGUCGGAUGGGUCCGUGCUACACCUCAACACCCAAACUGGACUCUGGGGCGCAGGGGGACUCACCGCCCAGCAUCCCCCAUCUGAGUGGUCCCAGGAGGCAGCUGAUACUGUCACGCCGAGACCAGGAUGAUGGAUUUUAGUAACAAGGGAGAGAUAAAAAGACAGAUGGGAGAGAGAGACUGAUUAUGCUUCCUCUCUAUUGACUUUCCAAUCUCAACGCCAGCUCAAAACCAGCUCAAUUAGAAGCACACAUAUCUUAUGUAAUAUACAUUUCCUAUAGAUGUGCACCGUUACCAACUCUUGCUGAUCAUUCCAAGUACCAAGUACUUUCUCUUGAGGAUCAGCCGAUACCGGCGAGUACCGAUUCAAGUAUUUAUUUUUCAUAACAUGAACUUUAACCCAGUUCAAUCAAUGCUACCUCCUAAUCAACCAAACAUAAUGCAGUAAACAAAUAAUGACAUAUAAAAAUGCUUUUAAAAAUAAUAAUUUCAAUACAGUAACAAAUAUAGAAAAGUUAUUCAAUGAAAACUAGUAGGGCUGAGAAUUGCCAGGGACCUCACGAUACGAUAUUAUCACCAUACUUGGGUGCCGAUACGAUAUGUAUUGUGAUUUUUACGCUUCUAUAUGUAUUGCGAU